CCGAACACACACAGAUCUACCUCGCAUACUCCAGCGUGGGCACAGCACUCGUUCGAGAGACUCAAAGACUAGCCCAGGAAUUCGAUCAAACUCAUCCAGUGCGACAACAUCACAAAACCAUCAGGCAACGAAGCCGCUCACCACCACCCCUCCACCCUCUCGACCACCACAACCACAACCAUGGGCCGCGCAGAACCCGGCUCAACCAAGGCAAUAGCCAACAAAUCCAAAAUGGUAGGCCUUCAACGCCUCCGCUGGUGGUGCGAACCCUGCCAAAAACAAUGCCGCGACGAAAACGGUUUCAAACAACACACCCUCUCCGAAUCCCACAACCGCAACAUGCAAAUCGUAGGCGAAAACGCCCGAGGCUACAUCAACGAAAAAUCGCGCGAAUUCCAACGCGACUUCAUUCAAUUGCUCCGCACAGGCCACGGAGAGAAGAAAAUAAAUUUAAAUCAGUUUUAUAACGAGUAUAUCAAGGAUAAGGAACAUGUGCAUAUGAAUAGUACCAAGUGGCCGAGUUUGACGGAGUUUGCGAAACACUUGGGGAGAGAGGGGAUUUGUAGGGUGGAGGAGGGGGACCGAGGGUUGGAGAUUGCGUGGGUUGAUGAUAGUGCGGAGGCGAUUAGGAGGAAAGAGGAUAUUAAGCGGAAAGAUCGAUUGGCGAAGGGGGAUGAGGAUAUUGAGUCGAAGUUGCUGGAGCAGCAGAUUAGGAGGGCGAGAGAAGAGGCUGAGAGGAAUGAGGUGGAGAGGAGGAGGAAGGCUGAGGAGGAGAGAGUGGAGAGAGGUGAGCAGGAUGGGGAGGAAAAAGUACUGGAGCCUGUCAAAGUGUCGUUAAGCUUGAAAGGUGCAAAAGUGCCUGAGAAAAAGAAGGAAGCCGACGAGCAACCUGUGGAUGGCAUACCAGUUGCCAUCGAAACCUUCUCUGCAGCAGACCUCAAAACUGCGGACAACAAACCCGAAUUUGAAGGUAAACCGGACAGCCAGACGAACGACGAAACAGAUGCGGCCACUAAGCCCGAAGCUCCAGCCAAAGUGUCAUUAUCACUGGCAGCAAAGAAGAAGAAUGCCAACCCGCUAGCGAAGAAGAACCCUUUCGCGAAGAAGACAGACGUCAUUCGCGCAGAGCCUGAAAAGAAAAUGAGCAAUGCCGAACGCAUCAUGAAAGAAGAGCUCGAACGUAAGAGAGCUGCAGAAGAGAGAGGACAUGGCGCAAAACGACAACGCUUCAACUAGAUCCUCAUGUGCAAGUGUCAAAUUUUCUGCUGUUAUUAGCGACGGCGUUGGGGGAGUUAGCAUCAUGUCAUAUGCUACGAUUGAUUUCUUGUCACGAUCA